AUGGAAACGCCGUCUCAGUGCAGCAGCAGCAGCAGUGUGAGUGCUGAGGCGAUUGAGUUUGAUCUACGGGAUGGAGGUCUCUUUGCUUCCCUCCUUGCAUGUACUGCUCCCUCAAACACACUCAACUGGGAAGGCGGCGCAGGUGGAGGCCGUAACAACAGCAGCAGCAGCAAUGUCGAAGAAGUCGCAGACUGGCAGUGCCUUAGAGUCACCUUCGGAAGGGAGGGGUUGCUGCUGCGAGGCGUUUCUAAAGGUCGUGAAGUCUACGGCGAGUUGGUGCUUCCCGUUUCUUUUUUUGAGGCAUUUGAGUAUCAGAAGAGCCAGCAGCAGCAGCCGCAGCGGCAGGAAGAGGGGGAGUCCGUCUUAGUGCCUCUCAAGUCGUUUGUCAACGCUCUGCUUUUAUUUGGCGAAUCGGCGCGCAUGCGGCUCCGAUAUGCCUUCGGGGACGGCAUGCUGCUGCUGCUGCUGCAGCAACAACAGCAGCUGCAGCCGCAGCUGCUUCGAGAAGUGCUUCAGGAGCUUCUACUCGUGGAGGAGGACGCAACUGCGCGCGUAACUGUGGAGUGGCAUCCGCCUUCACCGACUGGCCUCCAAAGCUCCACGCGCUUGCUGGACGUUCACACUGCACCACGAAGUGACAACAGCGAUGCUGCGACCUAA